AUGAUCCGCCAGAAGUCUAGCCAAUGGCUUGGGUUGAACAUGCAGUCGGAACUUGAGCCCCCCUCCGAACUGCAGCGGGAACCGGAGAAGGACUUCAGUUCAGUGGGUGAAUCGACCACGAGGAUGGGAAUGGGUCUGCGAAUCGAUUCGAGGACUGCCGCCUCAGUGGAAACGGAUGAUGACCCUGGAGCCAACUUGUUCCCGCCGCCGCUGCCCCAGCCUCGGAUCUGUUUGUGGAAGUACCUGGACAUCCAUUCUAUGCACCGGCUGGAAAAGACCACCACUGUUGAAGAGAUGAAGGAAGUGCUGGCUGAGCUGUUGGGGUUGAGUUGUCCUGAGCAGAACCUUCGGGAAGCCAUCACCUUGGACCUCUUCUCCCACGCACUCAUCUUCUGCCGCCAGCAAGGCUUCGCACUGGAGCAGAUGUCAGCAGCUUGUGCCCUGCUCCAAGAUCUCCACAAGGCCUGUGUUGCAACCCCCUUGGGCAAUGUGGAGGAAUGCUACCGGUACUUCACCACCGAACUUUUUUGCCAUGGAGUCAGGCGGCCUCCCUUCAGCAUUGACCUCUUUAAUGAGGAACAGCUGCUGGCCCUAUUGGACUAUGUGGUCAACACCUACUUCCGCCACUUCAAGCUCUACAAAUACGUUUUCACACCCCAGGUGCGGCUGGAUCUAUCUUUGACUUAUGUGGGGCUACAGCCACCCAUGCUCUGGCCAGAGAGUAAGAGGGAAAAGGGAGAGGGUGAAGAGGCAGAGCAGCAGGAAUUCAUUCCGCAAGAGCAGGAACCAGAGACGGUGGCCCAGCCAGAGGAACAGCCAAGCCAAGUUUCCUUCCUCCGAGCCUUCAUUAAGGCCCAGCUGAACAAGGAGCUGGAGCAACUGCGUCAGCUCGUGGAGGAACGGCUUGUGGCCAGUGAGGAGCGGCUCAGCAGCAGGUUGGCCACUCUGGAGCAGCCCUACCAACUGCCCCCAGGCAAAGGCAAGACCAAGACCAAGUGA